AUGAUCGACCGUCGCACUAGCACAAACAACCAGAACAACAAAAACUGUCGCGAUAAGAGCUCGUGGAUUCAUCUCGGCCGGGAGAAUCAAAAAAUGAACUGCGGCAGCGUGCGAGAAACUAGCAUGAUGUAG